UGAAACGGCUCGACUCAGUCUGAGAGGUGCUGACAGAAAUUGAACAUUCUCCGGCUCUCCUCCGUUCACAAUUACAAAUCUGACCAGAGCUCCCCGUCUCGUUCCUCACGGCGCGUGCGGCGGAGGUCUCGCGGAACGUUUGUGUCCUGUUCCUCUUUAAUUAUUCGGAAAGUGUUUUAAUACAAGGACAUAUUCUGUGAUAGGAGCCCACUGCCGCGAGCAUGAACUCGACAAGAAAUUACACACCAAACAUGGUCAUUCUGAUUCUGGCCGUCUUUGCUGUCGUGUGGGUGGCACGAGGGCAAGGUUCUUUUAUGGACAGGAGGUUGGCAGGCACCCAAAGAGGAGAUCAGCUGGAAGCAGAGGAAAGGUCCAAUCCAUAUCACACCACACAGAACACAGACAGAGGCCUGCCCCUGUUCACAACAGCUCCCUCUUACAGUGGCCUCGGCCACCAUCUGCCUUUUAAGCCCUACCCACCUUACGACCCUCGGGGCCAAAGCCAUGAGCAGUAUUUUCAGGACAGCGGAGGGGCAGCUCACCAUCCCACAAUGCCAUCGUCUAAUUCUCAUCUCCUCCAGGAUCCGUCCACACAGCUGGUCCAACACAAGGACGCACCUCCAUUCCCUGAUGUAGCAGCUCCCAGAACCACCACACUGGCUCCAUCAGCCGCCGCCCUCACCCAGCCACACAUGCCCAACAUCCAACACAAACCUUCAGCUGAAACACAGAGCAGAAGCACGGAGGAACCAUCCGUGUCCAUGACUGUAGCGUCAGUGACCACCACUGACGUGCACACAUCCGCACCGCCUGCUUCCAAACAAUCAGACAGAGGAGAUGUCACUCUGACCUUAAACAACGAGCACAAAGAUGCAACAAUCCUGCUGAAAAGAGACAAAGAAAAGUCCUCAAUACUCAAGGUAGAACAUGGCACUCCAGGAAGUGAUGUUGCUGUAAAAGCAUCAUCAAUGUCUGGGGAUUUGGAUGAGGAGACCACCACCUCCACCAUCAUCACCACAACGGUUAUUGCGACCAUGCAGGCACCAGCUCCAUGCAACACCAAUUUCACAUCGCCGGGAGGCUACAUAGAGACACUGCAGCAAGCUAAGAGUUGGUACAAUACGGAUGUGGACUGCACAUACACCGUGACAGUCUACAUGGGCUAUGGGGUGGAAAUUCAGGUAAAUUCAUCUCACGGUGCUUUUGUUAUUGACCCAGUCCCUGGAAACGAUCUAAAUUACUGUGGUAAUUCAGUUCUGCUCUUUUAUUCUUGAAAGGUUAAGUGUGUAAUUUACUGUGCCUCUAGUAUCAAACAGAAAAAUAGUGAUUGUUUUCGCACAGGUUUUGCAGACACACACACACCCUGUCUUCCAUUGGUCAGGCAAACAGAUAGACCCACCCCAAUC